AUGGCGUCUCACAACUUUGAGGCUAUGGCCUCCAAACUAGACGACCCUAACUCUGAUCUGAGAGCAAAGGGCACCCAGGCCAUUGAAAUCCGGGACAACAUCGAGAGCUACUGCCAAGGACCGCAGUACAGCGCAUUCCUGAACCACCUAGUUCCCGUAUUUCUCAAGAUACUUGAUGGCAAUCCAGUAUUCAUAUCCACAUCGCCCGAACAGCGGAUACGAAACUGCAUCCUCGAAAUCCUGCACCGCCUGCCCAUGAACCCCACCGAGGCGAUCGAACCGCAUGCCGCCAAGAUUGUGGAUAAGCUUAUGAGUCUGGUCAAGUUGGAAAAUGAAGACAAUGCGGUUUUGUGCAUGAAGACCAUUAUGGAUUUCCAGCGCCACCAAACCAAAGCCCUCGCGGACCGCGUUCAGCCUUUCCUCGACCUGAUCCAAGAAAUGUUUGAGACAAUGGAGCAAGCUGUGCACGACACAUUCGAUAGCAGUGCGCCUGCGUCUACCUCGUCAGGCGUCCCCUCGACCCCGAACAAUCACCAGUUUUCGCAAUCUCCUCGUCCCAAUUCACCAGCAACUACGCUAAGUUCCAGCUCCGCGGGCGAUCUUGGCUCGGAACACCAGCAGACCCGCAUGCUGCUCAAGGGAAUGCAGUCGUUCAAGGUUCUUGCAGAGUGCCCAAUCAUUGUGGUAUCAUUAUUCCAGGCCUACCGGAACUGUGUGAAUAAGAAUGUAAAGCUCUUCGUUCCGCUCAUCAAAAAUGUGCUUUUGCUCCAGGCGAAGCCGCAAGAGAAGGCGCAUGAGGAGGCCAAGGCCCAGGGCAAGAUUUUUACUGGCGUCAGCAAGGAGAUUCGGAAUCGAGCCGCUUUUGGCGAUUUCAUCACAGCUCAAGUUAAGACCAUGAGCUUCCUGGCCUAUCUCCUCAGAGUCUACGCAAAUCAGCUGAAUGACUUCUUACCAACAUUACCGGAUAUCGUUGUGCGCCUGCUCAAGGACUGCCCACGAGAAAAGUCAGGUGCGCGGAAGGAGCUACUGGUAGCUAUACGGCAUAUUAUUAACUUCAACUUCCGCAAAAUCUUCCUGAAAAAGAUUGAUGAGCUACUGGAUGAAAGGACUUUGAUCGGAGACGGACUUACUGUGUACGAAACCAUGCGCCCGCUUGCAUAUAGUAUGCUUGCAGAUCUCAUUCACCAUUUGCGAGAUUCGCUUUCCAAGGAACAGAUUCGUCGGACAGUCGAGGUGUACACAAAAAACCUGCAUGACAGCUUUCCGGGGACCAGUUUUCAGACUAUGAGUGCGAAACUGCUUCUGAACAUGGCAGAGUGCAUUGCAAAGUUGGAGCCCAAGGAAGAUGCUCGAUACUUCUUGAUCAUGAUUCUCAAUGCCAUUGGGGACAAAUUUGCCGCUAUGAACCGCCAGUACCACAACGCUGUCAAACUCUCGGCACAGUACAGCCAACCAUCAAUUGAUGCGACUGACGAAAACCACAUGGCCGUUCAGGACAGUCCCCCAGACUGGGAUGAGAUUGAUAUCUUCAACGCGACGCCCAUCAAGACAUCGAAUCCCCGAGACCGGAGUUCUGACCCGAUUGCUGACAACAAGUUUUUGUUCAAGAACCUAUUGCACGGGCUCAAAAAUCUCUUCUACCAGCUGCGAGCGUGCAAUCCGGCCAAGAUCAAAGAAGAGAUUGACCCAGCGAAUGCGUCAGCCAAUUGGCAUGAAGUGUCUUUUGGCUACAACGCCGAAGAGGUCGAGGUUCUCAUCAAGCUUUUCCGUGAAGGUGCCAAGGUAUUCCGCUAUUAUGGCACUGACAAGGUGCCUGAGACUCAAGGAAUGUCACCAGGAGACUUCAUGGGCAACCAGCAUAUGAUGUCGAGCGGCAAAGAAGAGAAGGAUCUACUGGAGACGUUUGCGACAGUUUUCCACCACAUUGACCCAGCCACAUUCCAUGAAGUGUUUUCAUCCGAGAUACCCCAUUUGUACGAUAUGAUGUUCGAUCACCCGGCAUUGCUCCACGUUCCACAAUUUCUUCUUGCUUCCGAGGCCACAUCCCCCAGUUUUUCGGGCAUGUUGCUACAGUUCCUCAUGGAUCGGAUUGAAGAGGUUGGUACUGCAGAUGUCAAGAAGUCAUCAAUUAUGCUCCGCCUCUUCAAGUUGUCCUUUAUGGCAGUCACACUCUUUUCCGCUCAAAACGAGCAAGUCCUCUUGCCGCACGUCAGCAAGAUCAUCACAAAGUCCAUUCAGCUAUCAACGACUGCCGAGGAGCCCAUGAACUAUUUCCUGCUGCUCAGGUCGCUCUUUAGGAGCAUUGGCGGUGGUAGGUUCGAGCAUCUAUACAAGGAGAUUCUUCCCCUUCUAGAGAUGUUGCUGGAUGUUCUCAACAACCUUUUAUUGACGGCGCGCAAGCCUGCAGAAAGGGACUUCUACCUGAUGAGACCGCUGGUCGUUGCUCUGCGAGCUGGAUCUGAUCUUGUCGGUCAAGGGCUUCGUACUCUGGAGCUUUGUGUAGACAACCUCACCGCGGACUACCUGGAUCCUAUCAUGGCGCCAGUGAUUGAUGAAUUGAUGGCUGCUCUAUGGGAGCAUCUCAAGCCGAAUCCAUAUAGCCACUUCCAUGCCCAUACGACAAUGCGCAUCCUUGGUAAACUCGGCGGCCGCAACCGCAAAUUCAUUACAGGUCCACCAGAACUCAACUUCAAGCCGUACUCGGACGACCAAUCCUCUAUCGACAUACGCCUCAUUGGAUCAACUAAAGACCGAGCGUUUCCUGCGGCAAUCGGAAUUGACACUGCAAUCGCAAAGCUCUACGAGGUCCCCAAGACACCCGCGGCCAAGAAGUCUGAUACAUUCCACAAGCAGCAGGCCCUCCGCCUCAUCACAGCCCACACAAAGCUGCUGGUCGGCUUCGAUAGCUUGCCUGAGGACUUUGCACAGUUGGUCCGCCUGCAAGCCAACGACUUGUGUGCUAAGAAGUUCGAUGCCGGUUACGACAUUCUCACUGCAUCGGAGCGUGAGAAGUCAAUCACCAAGAAGAGCGUGGAGCAGGAGACUUUGAAGAAGUUACUAAAGGCUUGUAUCUUCGCUGUGUCUAUACCUGAGUUGAAGUCUGACGCUGAGGCUCUGGUAAAUAACUUGGCGAAGCAUUUCACGCUCCUGGAACUCGGAACCCAGUUCGCAACGCUCAAACACAAGACGAAGCCGUUUGAUGUCCAUUCGGGCGAGGGACCCGUUGUGAUCGAAACCGACGUUAUUUCGGAAGCUAUUGGCGAAUCCCUAGCUUCAGAACAUGCUGCUGUGCGCGACGCUGCGGAACAAGUCAUCAUAACCAUGCGCGAUGCUACAAAAGCCAUCUUUGGAAACGACGGCUCUCUCGACAAGUUUGUCUUCUUCACUGAGCUUUCCAGCACCUUCUGCCACAACUGCCAUGCGGAUGACUGGUUCAUGAAGUCUGGCGGAACUCGUGGUAUUGAGAUCAUGAUCAAGCAACUAGGGCUUCCUCAGACUUGGUUGGUACCUCGCCAUUUCGAGCUUGUCCGCGCUUUGAACUUUGUCAUGAAGGAUAUGCCUAUCGAUCUGGACUCGAAAACGCGCAUUCAAGCAGAAGGUCUUAUCCAAGAUCUCAUCCGGCGAUGCCACAAGAAGAUCAAGAAAGAAGACUUUGAUAAGGGCAACAACAUUACGCUGAGGCUUUGUCAACAGCUCGUGGGUGAUCUGUCGCACAUGAACAAAAACGUGCGUGACGCAACACAGAAGGCUUUCCAAGUGCUCUCCGAUGUCACUGAACUGAGCGUGAGCGACCUCAUCACACCCGUCAAAGAUAGGCUCAUUCUGCCCAUUUGGACAAAGCCACUCCGAGCGUUGCCCUUCAGCAUUCAGAUUGCCUACAUCGACGCCAUUACAUUCUGUCUGAAGCUUAAGAACAACAUUCUCGAGUUCAAUGAGCAAUUGACAAGGUUGCUUAUGGAGUCUCUCGCACUGGCAGACGCCGAAGACGAACACCUUGCGAGCAAACCCUUUGAGCAAAGGAACGCCGACCACAUUGUCAAUCUGCGGGUAGCCUGUAUUCGACUUCUCUCCACUGCGCAGAGUUUUCCCGAGUUCAGCACUACCCCACCAAAUCAGACAUUCCUCCGCAUUAUCGCUGUCUUCUUCAAGUGUCUCUAUUCAAAAUCCCCUGAGGUCAUCGAGGCAGCCAACAUUGGACUUUCGGGUGUCAUCUCGGCGACUAACAAGCUACCCAAAGAUGUGCUUCAAAGCGGACUUCGACCCAUUUUGGUUAAUCUUCAGGACCCACGAAAGCUUUCUGUCGAAAAUCUUGAUGGUCUUGCCCGUUUGCUGAAGCUGCUCACAAACUACUUUAAGGUAGAGAUUGGAACACGUCUUCUUGACCAUCUCAAGAGUAUCGCCGAUCAAAACAGUCUCCAGAAGAUCUCAUUCACCAUGAUUGAGCAGAAUUCCAAGAUGAAGAUUGUGACUGGCAUCUUCAACAUCUUCCAUCUGUUGCCACCGGCGGCUGCUACGUUCUUAAAGCAGAUCAUCGAAAAGGUCAUCGAGUUGGAGAGUGCGCUCAGGAGAACGCAUUACAGUCCAUUCAGAGAACCCUUGAUCAAGUACCUGUGCAUGUACCCGAAGGAAGCCUGGGACCAUUUUGCCCCCAAUCUGAAGGAUCACACCCAAGGGCGCUUCUUUGCCCAGUUGCUUCAAAAUCCGGCGAGCGAGGCCCUUCGCAAGCAGGUCACAGAAGACGUUCCAGGUUUCUUGAGUGCCAUCAACCCAGAGGGUACUGAUAAGGAGAAAUGCCAAGCUCAGCUCAAUGGUAUUCACAUUGCCUAUGCUUUGUGUCAACGCGAAGAGACUAGCAAGUGGCUUGUCUCGGACGCAGAGCUACGCAAAGGACUUUUUGAAGCGGCUCGAUCGUUGGAAAAGAAGCUUAGGGCAAACACCCUCGACGCGGAGCUGCGCUUGGCAACUGAACAGGCUGGCGACCAGAUCAUGAUCAUCUUUACCACGUACCUCAAGCAUGAGCCGAGCAGUCUGGAUUUCUUCUUUGAACUUGUUGACGCUGUCACAUCCGAGGAGUUCAAGGCUUCUCCACGCUUGUUUGACUUUAUCUACGAGCAAAUCAUUUCCAGCGACUCUGUGGAUUACUGGAAGACGAUCGUGAACAAGUGCAUUGACCUGUACACGUCACGCAACUCGUCACAAAAAACGAAGACUUUCAUCUUCCGGCACAUUGUCAACCCCAUCUUUGCUAUGGACGUAAAGCGCAACUGGGAAGCCUUGUUUGACCAGAAAGCCAAGGGUACCAAGUUCAUGGACAAGACCAUGACCGAAACCAUCCAUAGCCGGCUUUGGAAGCCACAAUCCACACUCGAGCUUUCAGAAGACACUGCGCAGCUUGGUGUAGAUCAUUCACGUAUGGAGCUUCUCCAACUUACCACCCUGCUCCUGAAACACUACCCUGGCAUGAUCCAAGAAGCCCGCAAGGAUGUCAUCAAGUUCGCUUGGAACUACAUCAAGCUUGAAGACAUCAUCAACAAGUACGCUGCCUACGUGCUCAUCGCCUUUUUCAUCGCCGCUUUCGACACACCUGUUAAGAUUGCUGUGCAAGUCUAUCAAGCCCUGCUUAAGGCACAUCAGAACGAAGGUCGUUCACUUGUGAUGCAAGCGCUUGAACUCAUGGCUCCUGUCUUGAAGAAGCGGAUGCCGGUAUUGCCUGGGUCAGACUCCAAGAUGCCUCGCUGGAUUCAAUUCCCUCGCAAGAUCCUCUCAGAAGAGAGUUCUAAUCUACAGCAGUUGAUGAGCAUCUUCAAUUUCUUGGUCCGACACCCAGAUCUCUUUUACGAAGGAAGAGAGCAUCUGUCGCCCAUCAUCAUCACAGCACUAUCCAAAAUUGCGCAACCUCCGAAUCCCUCGACUGAUGCAAAGAAGCUUGCAUUGAAUUUGAUCCGCCUGAUCAGGACUUGGGAGGAACGUACAGCAAGUGAGAGUGGCGGCUCAUCGGAUCGACAGUCCGAGUCACCGCAGGCUCUUAAAAGGCGUGCUGAUGGAUCGGCCGUGGUUCCAAGUUCCGCGCCGAAGGGCUUUGUUGCAGGUGCUCCAAUCCGGAUGAUGUUGAUCAAGUAUCUUAUCCAGUUCAUUGCGUACCUGCCAGAGCGCUUCCCCGUUGCUUCGCCGAAACCCAAGGAUGCCACUGCCGCCACUCCCAACACUGCGCAGCCUACUGAGAUCUGCAGAAAGGCUGUGCAGCUUCUGCAUGACUUGCUUUCACCACGACUAUGGAACGAUCUGGAUCUCGAUCUUAUGCUUACCAAGAAAAUCGAGGAGAUUCUUCUCACUGAGAUGAAGCAGGAAGACAAGGCUGAGGUUUUCCAUACUCGUAUGAUCAACACGCUCCAGAUUGUGAAGGUCAUUGUCAACGUUAAGCCUGAUGACUGGGUCUUGCAGCGCAUCCCACAGUUCCAGAAGAUCCUCGACAAGCCCAUUCGAUCUGAGAACCCCGAUGUCCAAGCCAGCCUUCACGCAACGGACGAAUCUGAGGAUGGCGCUAUGAAACUGAAGCCUAUCCUCAAGCGCAUUCUAGAGGUGAUGCCUGAACCCGUUACUGACGACGAAGGAAACAUUGAAGAGUCGCCUUCUACCGAGUUCGUCAACUUCCUCGGUACCAUCGCUACUGAGACACUCUCCAAUGGCUCUUAUGUCAGCGCAAUCAACAUCCUCUGGACCUUGUGCCAGAAGCGACCCGAGGAGAUUGAUCAACAUAUCCCACAAGUCAUGAAGGCAUUCCAAGGCAAGAUGGCUAAGGAUCAUCUCGCUGGAAACAGCGGAGUUCCCGGACAACCUGUGCCACCUGCUAUGCGCCCUGAAGGAGCCAAUCCUCCCACGGAUCCUCGCGAGAUUGAGAUUCAAACAGACCUGGUACUCAAGACUGUCGACAUCUUGGCUGCCCGGAUGAACGAACUCGGUGAGAACCGAAGGCCAUAUCUUAGUGUCCUUGCAUCACUGGUCGAGCGAUCGCAAACCAACUCGGUCUGUAUGAAGGUACUGGAUCUUGUCGAAGAAUGGAUCUUCCGCUCCACUGAGCCUGUGCCAACUCUUAAGGAGAAGACCGCAGUACUCAGCAAAAUGCUGCUGUUCGAACAUCGGGCUGACACCUCGCUGUUGACUCGCUUCUUGGACCUCGUCAUUCGCAUCUAUGAGGAUCCCAAGAUUACGAGGAGCGAGCUGACUGUACGCAUGGAGCACGCCUUCUUGAUCGGCACCCGUGCACAAGACGUCGAGAUGCGUAACAGAUACAUGGCCAUCUUCGACAAAAGCUUGAGCCGUACUGCUGCCAGUCGCCUCAGCUACGUCCUGGCUUCUCAAAACUGGGACACCCUUUCUGAUAGCUAUUGGCUGAGUCAGGUCAUUCAUUUGAUGUUUGGCUCAGUCGAGAUGAACACUCCAGCACAACUUCAUUCAGAAGAUUUCCGCCUCAUGCAACCUAGCACGCUGUUCGGAACUUAUGCUCGAGACUCCAGGAUUGGAGAUGUCAUGGUCGAUGAUGAGCUGGAGAACCUUGUCAUUAGCCAUCGCCGCUUCUGCAACCAGCUUGCUGAUGUCAAGGUCAAGGACAUCCUCGAACCGCUCGGACAUUUGCAGCACACUGACAGUAACCUGGCACACGACAUUUGGGUGGCUUUCUUCCCACUAGCCUGGACUGCACUUACAAAAGACGACCAAAGCGACCUUGAAAAAGGCAUGGCAGCUUUGCUCACGAAAGACUACCACUCCCGCCAACUCGAUAAACGACCCAAUUGUGUUGCAACCAUGCUCGAUGCUAUCGUGCAUUCCCGACCACGGGUUAAGUUCCCGCCUCAUAUCAUGAAGUAUUUGGCCCAGACAUACAACGCCUGGUACACUGCCGCAGUGUACAUGGAAGAAUCUGCCAUUUCUCCUGUUGUUGACGUCGAAAAACUGCGUGAGAGCAACCUGGAUGCUUUGUUGGAGAUUUACAGCGGCUUACAAGAAGACGACCUAUUCUAUGGGACAUGGCGUCGGCGUUGCCAAUUCAUUGAAAGCAACGCUGCUUUAUCGUACGAGCAGUGUGGCAUCUGGGACAAGGCCCAGCAAAUGUACGAGGCUGCACAAAUCAAAGCCCGCACAUCUGUUCUUCCCUUCAGUACUGGCGAGUAUAUGCUUUGGGAAGAUCACUGGGUUAUUUGCGCACAGAAGUUGCAACAGUGGGAGAUUCUGAGUGACUUUGCCAAGCAUGAGAACUUCAACGAUCUCUACCUGGAGUCAACCUGGCGUGUCUUUGAUGCCUGGCAGAAUGCCGAAACCCGCGAACAGCUCGAUGCGACCAUCAAAGCUGUUAGCGAUGCACCAACGCCGCGAAGAGUCUUCUUCCAGACCUUCAUGUCAUUGCUCAAGCUCCACAACAAGCAAGAGUCGCAGCCAGAGUUCCACCGACUUUGUGAUGAGUCAAUCCAGCUUUCCAUUAGGAAAUGGCACCAGCUCCCACGACGCAUCACCCAGGCACACAUCCCGCUCUUGCAGCACUUCCAGCAACUUGUUGAGUUGCAUGAUGCAAGUGUCAUUUGCCAGAGUCUUGCUCAGACUACUCAAGUAAACCUGGAUGUCAAAUCGCAGGAGCUCAAGUUGCUCCUCAGCACCUGGCGCGAUCGCCUGCCAAACUUCUGGGACGAUAUCAACGCAUGGCAGGAUCUCGUCACUUGGCGCCAACACAUUUUCCAGCUCAUUAAUGGUGUCUACCUGAACCUGCUGCCUCCAAACCAGAACAACGCCAGUGGCAACUCUUUCGCAUACCGAGGCUACCACGAGACUGCAUGGAUUAUUAAUCGCUUUGCACAUGUGGCGCGCAAACACAACUUGCCCGAAGUGUGCAUCAACCAGCUUGGACGGAUCUACACACUCCCUAACAUUGAGAUUCAAGAGGCCUUCCUGAAGUUACGUGAACAGGCAAAGUGUCACUACCAGAUCAAGGCCGAUCUCAAUAGUGGCUUGGAUGUGAUUAAUAACACCAAUCUGAACUACUUUGGUCCGAAUCAGAAGGCAGAAUUCUACACCCUCAAGGGUAUGUUCCUGGCUAAAUUGGGCCAGAAGAACGAAGCGGGUGAAGCUUUUGGCACUGCAUUGUACUUUGACAUUAAGUUACCAAAGGCAUGGGCCGAGUGGGGACGCUACAACGAUAUGCUGUUCAAGGAGGAGCCACAGAACCUGGAGAGGGCAGAGGCAGCGCUCAGCUGCUACUUGGAAGCUGCCAGCCAAUUCAAGAACGCUAAGUCCAGGAAACUGCUUGGACGUGUUCUGUGGUUGCUCAGCUUGGACAACCCAGAGCGCAAAUUGGCCGAGAAGUUCGAAGAGUUCAAGGGCGAUACGCCAGCGUGGUACUGGAUUACUUACAUUCCGCAGUUGCUGAACAGUCUCUCGCGACAGGAAGCUCCUAUUGCGAGAUCUAUUCUUGGGAAACUGGCAAAGACGUAUCCACAGGCGCUGUACUGCCAUCUCCGCACGACACGAGAAGACAUGGCUGUACUUAAGAAGACACAUGAGCAGAAGGAAGCAAAGGAAAAGGCGGCGAAGGCGAAGCAGCAACAAGCACAAGCUUCACCAGCAACGAAACAGGCUUCGCCCGAAUCCGGUAACCAGGCAGCGACCGCAGGCACCGAUACCAAGCCUGCAGCCAAUGGAACGGCCAACGGUACAGUCAAGACAGAAGGUGCGGCGCAAGGCAGUCCGAAGGCCGGCAAUGCACCCGCCCCUGCCGAUGCUCCUCCAGCACCAAAGAAGCCAUGGGACCAUGUCGAAGAGAUCAGUGCUAUCCUUAAGACAGCUUUUCCUCUACUCGCGCUAUCCAUGGAGACGAUGCUCGACCAGAUCCAGAAGAACUUCAAGUGCCCUCCCGACGAAGAUGCUUACCGACUCAUCGUAGCUCUGCUAAACGACGGGCUGUCUUAUGUGGGCCGCCAGCCAAAUCUCUACGCACGCGAGAUCAAACUACCAGCAUCGACUGAGGCUAACAUCACGCGCUUCGCUGAGUCUGUUCUGCCACCGCACAUUCGCAAGGCUUUCGAGAAAGACUUUGUCACGAACAAGCCGACAAUGUACGAAUACAUCCAGAAGUUGCGUACCUGGCGGAAUCGCUUUGAAGAGAGGCUCGACCGAAGGAAGCUUACGGUGCCGCUCGAGCAAUAUACACACCAACUCAGCGAGUACCGUUUCCUCAAGUUUGACGAUGUCGAGGUACCAGGACAGUAUCUCCAGCACCGAGAUAAGAACUCUGACUUCGUGCGCAUCGAACGCUUCCUUCCCGACGUGGAACUGGUGCGCGGUAUUGGCAUCUGUCAUCGCCGUCUCAGGAUUCGUGGCCACGAUGGAAGCAUUCAUCCUUUUGCUAUCCAAUUCCCUGCUGCUAGGAGCUCAAGGCGUGAAGAGCGCAUCGUCCAACUGUUCCGUAUCUUCAACGGUAUCUUGGCGAAGCGUAAGGAGAGCCGCAGGAGGAAUUUGCAGUUCCACCUUCCGCUUAUGAUUCCAAUCACACCCAGUGUGCGCAUGGUGCAGGAUGAUGCGUCGUACAUCAACAUGCAGGGUAUCUACGAGGAUUACUGCCGUAAGAAUGGCAUCAAUAAGGACGAGCCCAUACUCUUUAGCAUCGAGAAACUGAGAGCUCUUCAGCCUAAAAAUCUGGACCAUGCUAACAGUAUCCGCCUCGAAACCUUCGCUGCCGUUCAAGAGAAAUAUGUGCCUCCAACAGUCAUCCAGGACUACUUCCGCGCCACGUUCCCCACCUUUGACGACUUCUGGCUGUUCCGUCGCACAUUCAGCUACCAGCUCGCCGCUCUCACCUUUAUGACGUACGUUAUGCACAUGAACACGCGCUUCCCACAGAAGAUCAGCGUGUCACGUGCCAGCGGCCGCAUUUGGGGUUCUGAAUUGAUUCCAAGCAUGGCUGUCGGCAAGCCCAUUCUACACAACUCGGAGCCUGUACCUUUCCGUCUGACGCCCAACUUGCAAACAAUCAUGGGUCCGCUCAAUCUCGAAGGCAUCUUUGCUCCCAGCGUCAUGACUGUGGCUCGAUGCUUGAUCGAACCCGAGGGCGAGCUGGAAAUGCAGCUCAGUAUCUUCAUGCGCGAUGAAAUGAACCACUGGUUCACCAGCCAACACAAGGCUAGCCAAUUGACACCAGAAGUUCUCAGGGAGAGCGUCCAGAACAACAGCGAUUUAGUAGUCAAGAGGGCCAGUGCUAUCGGUAGUCUGCCUACUGGAGCUAAUCUGCCGGCAAACCAAACUGUUGUCGAUCUCGUUGCUGUAGCGGUACAUCCGGCCAAGUUGAGCCAGUGCGAUCCGCUCUGGAUGGCAUACUUGUAGGAGACUUAGAAGGAGAGAUACAGGUGUAUAGGAGUUGGAGGAUUGGUUUCUUUUUGAUCAAGGUUUUUUUGAUCAAAUCGUGAUGGGGAUGUUUGUUUUUUAGCGUGGGCGUCUCAUUGUCAUUAUUGGACGGGUUGGAGAGAUAUCGUGUGUUUGUAUUUCUGGUUUUGGCAUGGCGCUUUGGAAGGGAUUUGAGGAAAGAUAGGCUUGUCGAGAUGCAUGGUGUUUUCGAUGACCUAUCCACUGUGUUUAUUGUUUUGUGUUUUGUACUAUUUUUGAAGCAAUCGACCUGUUGAGUAUUCAGGAAUUCUGUUAGACGUGUAAGAUGGAUUAAAUGUAAACCAUAGUCAGGA